CAAGCUGGAACCUAUCCCAGCUGACUACUGGCAAGAGGCAGGAUACACCCUGGACAAGUUGCCAGAUCAUCACAGGGCUGACACAUACAAUUCACACAACAAUUCACACUUACACCUAUGGUCAAUUUAGAGCCACCAAUUAGCCUAACCUGCAUGUCUUUGGACUUUCGAGGAAACUGGAGCACCCAGAGGGGAUCCACACAGACCUCCACACAGAAGGGCCCCCAUCACCCACUGGGCUUGAACCCAGAACCUUCUUGCUAUGAAAGAAGUCAGGAGAAGAUGAAAUCAGGGAGGACAAAGGAAAGAAAGAUCCCGAGACUUCAUUUAUAAUGGCGCAGAAGGGUGAGAGCUCACCAUCCACAGACAGUACUAAAGCUGAAGAAGUUGCUCUUAAGCCCAGCCUCCGAAAGACGUCAUCAGAUACAGUGAAGAAAACAAAAAGCAAUAAAUCUAACGAAGAAGCCAUGAACAAGGUGUACACAAAUCUGCUCAAUAAUGUGUUUGGACAGGAGAGGGAAUUAUCCCAACCCGAAUUAGAUGAGCUGUCCGAGGCAUUUAAGGAGUUUGACUAUGAUCAGGAUGGAUAUCUAAACUACAAAGACCUGGCUGAGUGCAUGAGGACGAUGGGCUACAUGCCCACUGAGAUGGAAUUACUGGAAAUCAUCCAGCAGAUCAAGAUGAGGUUGGGUGGACUAAUGGAUUUUGAUGAUUUCUGUGAGUUGAUGGGGCCAAGGAUGAUGGUUGAGACGGCUCAUAUGUUGGGACUGAAAGAACUCAAGUGCUCCUUUAAACAGUUUGACACAGAUGGGAAUGGAAAGAUCACAUUGGAUGAGAUGAAGGAGGCAGUAAAAACAUUACUGGGUGAAAAAUUGAAGAAAGGAGAGUUGGAGGAGAUUCUGAAUGACCUGGACCUGAAUGGAGACGGCACUGUGGACUUUGAUGAGUUUGUUAUGAUGCUGUCAACCCAGUAGCUAUCACGACAGCGUUCAUCUCUCACAAUUCACAGCUCUUGGAUCCAACAUGGUCCUAUUUGGUGAUGACAUAUUAGGGACUGUGUUCAAAAUAAAAGUCUCCAGUAGUUCCUAUCUGGCCGAUUUAGCCUGCUCAUAAUUUGCAUACAACUGCAAGUUCAAGAAAGAUAUACUUUAUUGUUAAUCAUAUUGUGCAUGUGA